AUGGCUGGUCAGCCUUCAAUCAGCAAGUUUUUCAAACAGGUCAAAAUAAAUGAAUACAAGACAACUGUUGAUGUCAAGAACUCUGCUGGCAGAAUAAGAUCAGAAUUGGACAGCAAUGCCGAUAAAAUGGCAAAUGAGGGUGGAAUAAAUCCUCAGACUACACUGAAAGAUAAUAUUCCGCAAGAUGCCACUAUAAAGGACUGUAAUAUGUCAAACAAAAAUCAAGCUCGAGAGCAUGUUAUUGUGGAUGUAGACGAUUCCGAAGAAGAAGGACAUAGUACUGCUUUUCAGAGGAAGAGGACCCUACCUAAUUCUUUUGAUACUGCAGCUUAUAGUAAUAAUGUGAUAAUCAAGCCCAAAAGGCAAACCACAGUGAAUAAAUUCAAAGAUAUGAAGUUGACACCUCUAGAUCAACAAAUAAAAGAACUAAAGGAGUCUCACCUAGAUAAACUGCUUGUGGUUAGAGUGGGCUACAAAUAUAAAUGCUUUGCUCAAGAUGCUGUUAUAGCUAGCCAGAUUUUGCAGAUCAAGCUGAUUGCGGGAAAGUUGACAUUUGACAAUUCCAAUCCGCAAGACGAGGAAUUCAGGCAAUUUGCCUACUGCUCUUUCCCGGAUACAAGACUCAAUGUUCACUUGGAACGUCUGGUUCAUCAUGAUCUCAAAGUUGGAGUUGUUGAGCAAUCUGAAACUACCGCUAUCAAGAAAUAUUCUAAAGACAAGAAUAAAAGUAAUGUAUUUCAGAGAAACGUUACGAACACUUUCUCUAAGGCAACCUAUGGUAUUAAUAAUACUUUUUCUCCAAGAAGUGGUCCAAUUCUUGGUGAAAAUAAUAGUAUAUGGGCGCUCUCUGCAACUGUAGGUCCUGAGAAAUCAAGAUCUUAUGCUCUUAUAUCAGUCAAUUUUAGUAAAGGUGAAGUGGUUUACGACAGUUUUCAAGAGACAUCUUCUUCCUUGGAAAAAUUAAUAACACGAUUAAGUUACCUUGAACCGAAAGAAGUAGUAAGCGAUGGGCAAUUCACAAUUGACAUCACUCAAUGUUUACGGAAGAGAAAAUGUAUUAUUCACGAGAGCAUAUCGAAUGUGACCCCGAAUUUACAAAUAAGUGAGACAUGUGAGAAACUCAAAAUGAACGAACACCAGCUAAAAAUGGUUGACCUCCUUUAUCAUUAUAUCAAAAGUUACGGAAAUGAGCAAAUUUUAUUGCUAUCAUCUACAUACAAGCCUUUUGUUUCUAAUACACACAUGCUGCUGACGUCUAAUACAAUUCAAAGCUUGGAUAUAUUCUCAAAUGAGGGAGGAAAAGGCUCUUUAUUUUGGGUUCUGGAUCAUACUCGAACAUCGUUCGGUUCGAGAGAAUUGAAGGAAUGGAUCUCAAAGCCUCUCGUAAACAGGUCUGACAUUGAGGACCGUCUCGAUGCGAUACAGUGUAUCAAAGGGCAGAUUAAUAAUCUGUUUUUUGAAUCGUUAAACCGUGUGCUUAAAAGCUCUCCAGAUCUCUUGCGAACAUUGAAUCGGAUAGCAUACGGCAAUACUUCACGAAAGGAGGUCUACUAUUUUCUUAAACAACUCGCACUCUUUGCAAAUCAUUUUGAGACCCAUGCGAACUUCUUACACCAUCAGCUUGAAUCAUCUGAUGGAAAAAUUCGCAAAAAUUCAAGGCUUCUAACGAGAAUAUUAACCGAGAUGCGUGAUUACUCAAAGAAUUCAAAAGUAACACACUUUUUGUCAAUGAUAAACGUCUCAGCUAUUUUGGAAAAAGAUAUGGAAAAACAAAUAAGUGAAUAUUUUAACUUGAAUAACUAUGAUCAUUCCGAAACAUUAAUACAAAGACAGAGGCAGAUAAGUGCCGUUAAGGAAGAACUGAUGGAUGAGCUUGUGAGCAUCAGGAAGCUUUUGCGAAGGCCUCAUAUGGAUUAUAAAGAUGCGGUUGACUAUCUCAUCGAGGUUAGAAAUACUCAAAUUAAAGAUCUUCCUUCAGAUUGGGUCAAGGUUAAUGAUACCAAGAUGGUUAGCCGCUUUCAUACCCCUACCACCAGUCGGCUGGUCGAAAAACUGCAAUACCAUAAAGACCUGCUACUUCAUGAAGCCGACGAAGAAUUUCAUCGAUUCCUGAGUCGUAUCAAAAAGGAAUAUUCUAAUUUAAGAAGUUACCUGCAAAACUACGCAGUUUACGACGCGAUUCUAUCACUCGCAGCAACAUCUUGCAAUCAAGGUUACGUUCGCCCAGUGUUUACUAGCAAAAAGCAGUGUAUAAAAUCUUCCAAUGCACGCAAUCCAGUUAUAGAAUCGUUGGAUGUAAGCUAUGUGCCAAAUGAUAUAAAUAUGAACGAGGAAGAUGGAAAGGUUCUUGUUUUGACGGGUCCUAAUAUGGGUGGGAAAUCGUCUUAUGUUAGAAAGGUUGCCCUUCUCGUCAUACUAGCUCAGAUUGGCUCUUUUGUACCCGCUGAUUAUUUCGAAGUUAGCAUUUUCGAUAGUAUGUUUACACGUAUAGGAGCCUAUGAUGAUAUUUUACGUGGUCAAUCUACGUUCAAAGUGGAAAUGCUUGAUAUCAUGCGUAUUCUCGAAGGAUUUUCAAAAACAUCUCUUCUUUUAUUAGAUGAAGUAGGAAGAGGGACCUCUACAGAGGAUGGUAAAGCAAUUGCUUUUUCCUUGUUGAAGUACUUCAUAGGAAGGUUAGAUUGCCCUUUAAUCCUUUUCACGACUCACUAUCCUUCUCUUGCGGGGUUAUCCAGUACUUUAUUAAAAAACUACUACAUGGAUUAUGAAGAGCAGAGAACCGCAGGGGAAAGUUGGUCUAGUGUGGUUUUCCUUUAUAAGCUAAGGCCCGGGACUGCAAGAAAUUCUUUUGGCAUGAAUGUUGCAAAAUUGGCGGGUAUUGAUAAGAACAUAAUAAAUACCGCUUUUACAGUGUCUGAAUGUAUGAGAAAGGAAAGUAUUUCUAGUGAGAAGAUGGCUCUUUCGUUUCAGAUGAAAAAGGUCAUGUCGUCCAAUGCCUCAUCAAAUGAAAAAUUGGUUAAACUGCUGCAUGUAGGAAAGCAAGAAAAUAAUAAUGCCGCAGGAUGCAGUUAG